UGUUUAUCUACGAAGACGUUUUAUUGAAUUAGAAAAACAAUAACAUAUGACAUUGUCAUUAAAAUUUGAAUAUUAUUAUCUAUUUAUUAUUUAGUGAAAUGAGGUUUGAUUCACAACACCUAUUUAUAUUGUUUAUUUCGAAACAACCUCGAAGAAUUAAGUGUCAUGGAGGAUGCACUAUUCUUUUUUUUUUCAAGGAAUAUUUGUACAUAUGUAUGUAUGUAUCUAGAUUUUUAUUUCAGUAAAGGAGCGCAUUUUAUUUUUAACAAGAUGCUUGAUGUUUUGAUAGUAUAGUAUAGUAGGUACUAUAAAUAAAUAAAAACUAAAUGAUAUUAGAACUAAGUAAUGUUCAUUCAAUUGCAUUUUGGUACCUACGUAAGUAUUUUAAUAACUAUUAUUUCUAAUAUUUGUUUUCAGAUAAAGAAAAUCCAUGAGUACAAUGAAAUCUAGUGAGAAUGCUAAGGACAUGGACGUUAAAGUAAAUGAUAUAAAAACUAAAAUAGCGAUUGCCACGAGAGUUUUAAAAAAUUGCGAGAAAAACAAAGAAGACAAAAAUACUUCUCUAAAUAUCGAUGCAUCUUUUGAGAGAUAUACUAAUCUCAAUAAACUCGAAAAAGGUCAUAGUUCGCGUCGAGGACCGAUUACAUUUGAAGAGCUCUUGCAUUUCAGGGAUGCACAUCACACUAUCCCGAACGAUUUGCCUGUAUCAAAAAUUCGCAAAACACUCAACCAUUUUUAUUUGAAUAAAAGAACAAUACCAACAUCAGAGAUUUUUAAAAUUCUACAAGACGAUAAAGAAACUAAAUGUAAUGUUUUGAAUCGUCGUAAUCAAAAACAUAUCACAUUGAAAACCUUACCUGGAACGUCAAGUGGAAUAUUUGUGGAAAACCCUGAGCAGUUUCAUCGUAGAAUGCUUUAUUUAAAAAAAAUGGAACAAAUCCGCAAAGAUAGAGGACACAUUGUAUAUGUAAAAUCAUUCACGCCUUUUGCCAACCCCUUAAUUUAUAACAGGAAACAGGAUAACCAGGAAACUUUACUCGUUGCUGUUUCAAAUCAAUUAGGUCUAUUGAACACAUUUUUUUAUGAGGCCAACGCCAAUAAUUAUAAUAAAAUGAUUUUGAAAUCGAUUUCUUCCAUAACCGAUCCAUGCGUUGUGGUAACAGAAGAGGAAGAGGAGCUAGAUAUACCUAAUUUGUCAAGCUCCAAAGCUGAAAUAAGCGGAUGGCUAGCAGCAAAAGGUUAUCACGUAUCAUCAAACGCACAUCGUGGUGAAAUGUACGAUUUGAUAAAGAAAAUAAAAUCGUUCGGUGAUCUUGAAGUUUCCAAGACAGAUGAGGUCAUUAAAAGUCUUGGACAUCAGGUGAUGAAAUGUCCAAGAAAUAUGGAAGAGCUUGAAUAUUUCCAAAAUCUUUUUAAAGAUUUCACAGAUUUUGAAGAUAUCGAAAAGGAUAAUAUAUCAUUUAACGUUAAAACGAGAUUGAAAAAAAAACAAUUGAUGUUAAAGUUCAUAAGAGAUUUAGAAUUUAACGAUUGGCAAAACUAUGAACAGCUAUUGAUAGAUAAUUCUUGGCGCGUGCUCGAGGAAGACCUGAUGAUGGAAAAAAUAAUUGAUAAUUUGUCCAUGAUGUACGCGGACGAUUGUUCCCAUGAGUUUUUAUUGAUAGAUAUACCCGAUUGGAAUAAAGUAGCAUCGAAAAUUAUAAUGGAAUAAUAAGUAAUUCAUGCCUUUUUAAGUAAACUAUUAUAUUGAAAUAUUGUUUUUUUCUUAUAUAAAUUAAUUCGUUUAUAAUAUGAUGAAAUGUAAAUUGAAAGGGUAGAUUAUA